AUGAAGCUCACGUUCAAGGACCUGAAGCAGGAGAAGUUCGUCAUCGAUGUCGAGCCUUCUGAAACAGUUCGCGAGGUCAAGGUCAAAAUUGCCCAAGAGAAGGGCGAAUAUGAGGCAGAGCGCAUGAAGGUCAUCUAUUCUGGAAAGAUUCUUCAAGACGAUAAGACGGUUGAGUCCUACAACAUCCAAGAAAAGGACUUCCUAGUGUGCUUGCCUGGAAAGCAACCCAAGGCCGCCCCCGCCCCGGCUGCCGCUCCCCAAGUUCCCUCGACCCCAGCUGCCCGAGCUCCUGUGGCGACCCCCGCUCCUCCUCCCGCCCCCCAGGCCGCUGCUGCUGCUCCCCCAGCUGCUGCUCCUGCGACUCCCUCCCCAGCCGGCGCCGCUCCCAGUGGCCCUGCCUUCGGAGAUCCUUCCGCUCUCGCCAUGGGAUCUGCUGCCGAGGGCGCAGUUGUCCAGAUGGAGGCUAUGGGUUUCGCACGCACCGAUAUCGACCGUGCUAUGCGCGCCGCUUUCUACAACCCCGACCGUGCUAUCGAAUAUCUUUUGACCGGUAUCCCCGAGAACAUUCAGGAACAACAGCAGCAACAGCAACAGCAACAACAACAAGCCGCUGAGCCUGCCCCUACUGGCGCUGCCCCUGCUGCUGCUCCUACUGGUGGUGAUGAGCCCCUGAACCUUUUCGAAGCCGCUGCCCAAGCUGGCGGUGAAGGCGGUGGUCGUCCUCGUGGCGCCGGCGCUGGUGCCGGUGCUGGUGCCGCUGGUGGCGAAGCUCUCGGCAGCCUCGACUUCCUCCGCAGCAACCCUCAUUUCCAGCAGCUCCGUCAGCUUGUCCAGCAACAGCCUCACAUGCUCGAGCCUAUCCUGCAACAGGUCGCCGCCGGGAAUCCCCAGAUUGCUUCCAUCAUCGGACAGAACUCCGAUCAGUUCUUGCAGCUUCUGGGUGAGGAACUGGAGGAUGAGGAGGGUGCUCUGCCCCCUGGUGCACAGGCUAUCUCGGUCACGGAAGAGGAGCGCGAUGCUAUUGAGCGUCUGUGCCGUCUGGGCUUCCCCCGUGACUCGGUCAUCCAAGCCUAUUUCGCCUGCGACAAGAACGAGGAACUGGCAGCAAACUUCCUCUUCGACCAGCCGGAUGAGGAUGAGGAGUAA